UCGAGCCGACCAUGCUAGUGUAGUACACAGUAUAACAAGUGUAUCGAACCAAGAUGGACCCGGGCGCUGCGUCCGAAUUGGAGAAAAUCAACAAAAGUGCCGUUGAAAAUGGUAAUUGUGACACAAAGGAGGAUUAUUAUACCGAAGAACGAUCGCCUUUUAGAAGACAGGCGAUUAUAGUACUCGGAACCUUCCUACUGUCGCUCAGUGCUGGCGCCACAGCAGGCUUCUCCGCGGUCCUCAUUCCUCAAUUACAACAUGACAAAGGACACAAGAAAUAUUCAACAGAGAUGGUGUCAUGGGUAGCCGCAAUAUCAUCGCUCGCCUUAUUAUUCGGUAACAUGAUUUCGGGUUAUCUAAUGGAGAGAUUUGGUAGAAGAUUAUCGCAAAUGUUGCUAUCCCUGUUUUAUAUCGGUGGAUGGAUUACAAUAGCAUUUGCUAAUAGUAUACACCUUAUACUGUUUGGAAGAUUCAUAACAGGCUUUUGCCAAGGCUGGCUAGGUCCCCUCGGCCCUGUAUUUGUGGGAGAAAUAAGUACGCCAGCGUACAGAGGAUUAUUCCUAGCUAGUUUAUCACUAAGCAUCGCUUCUGGUGUUUUUAUGUCACAUUUGUUUGGAACAUUUUUACACUGGACCCAUUCAGCACUACUUUGUGGCACCUUCCCAUUAGUAGGCUGUAUAAUUUUGUAUUACGCACCAGAAUCUCCCGCUUGGCUCGCCUCGAAGAAUGAAAUAGACAAAUGUAUAAAAUCAUUCCAAUGGUAUAGAGGAACAAGUCCGGCGAUGAAAACAGAAUUAGAUAAAAUGAUAUUAGAACAAACGAAAAAGGUUGAUAAGAAAAGCAAGAUGGAAACGUUGACAACGAAUUUGAGAAAGCCAGAAUUUUGGAAACCUCUGGGCAUAAUGUUAAUUUUCUUUGCGAUCACACAACUGUCUGGUAUAAAUGUUUUUUGUGCGUAUACAACCGAAAUUAUGGAGGUUUUACUAGGCAGCAAAUCUAACACUUAUGCUGCCAUGCUUGGUAUUGAUAUUUUGCGUUGCGUGGCUCUGGUGACAGCUUGCAUCAUGCUGAGACGAAUGGGUCGUCGACCUAUUGCGAUAUUCAGUGGCACUUUUACAUCAUUAUCUCUAAUCAUAUUAUCAAUUUAUUUAUACUUAGUGGAAAUACGUGUAAUAAGGCACGUGAAACCUUUGAUAUCUCUAGGGUUAACGGCGACGUACAUUGUUGUAUCAAACAUCGGAAUAGCUCCUUUGCCUUGGAAUAUGGUUGGAGAAGUUUUCGCGACAGAUACAAAGGGAAUUGGGUCUGGGUUAAGCGUGAUGAUGACAUCAAUAUCUUUCUUUGGAACGGUGAAAACAGCGCCAGCAAUGUUCGAAAACAUAGGCCACCAUGGCACAUAUUUAUUUUAUGGGAUGUCAACCUUAGUUGGAACUGUAUUUUUAUACUUCUGUCUCCCUGAAACAAGAGGAAAGACGCUGUUACAAAUAGAAGAACGCUUCAGAUCAGGAAAAAAAGAGAAGUUAAAAGCAACAAUUGAUGUAACUUCUGUCUAAGCGUGAGGUCAACGUUAUUAUGUCAGCUUGAUAAGAUAAUUUGUCCCAAGUUCAGUAUGACAUUUAAAGUCUGCUUAGGAAGUAAUGAUAUUACACGAUAUUACAUCACUUUGUUUGAUAAGAACAAUGGAAUAUGUUCUAAUGAUAAAGCAACAAUUUAGUAAAUUGAAUAGCCAAGAAGUCGCUAAUAAUAUGGAUACCCAUAUAGUAUAAAUAUUAGAGCAAAUUGUCUUCAAUUUGGAAGCUGUAGGAAUAUCUUAAACUAUUUGGCACUUCACCUUAAACUAGCAUUAAUCACGUAGACAAUAGAUGAUAAAUAAAGAAUUAAUAUCGCCUAAAGUGUUUAGAUAAGAUUAUGGAAUAAAUUAUUAAACACUUGUUAACAUUGUUAGCAGCAAGGACUAGUUCCGGCCAUGUGGAACUAAGGGGUCUCCGUGCACCCUGCGUAAUAAAAACAGCAAGUCUAUUUCAUGGUCCGUUGCGACCGGACAAGUGGCACGCGUCUCCGCCACUAAAUUGCAGGCACCUUCCUGUUGUGACACGUGGAUGCGACAAAACAUGUCUCGAGACGUUCCGCCAAACAUCUGCGAAGCUAGUGGUUCCCACGUUGAAAUGCGACGAGUUUUUGUCUCUUAGAUUAACAAAAAACAAUCAGGAAAACAUCUGGAGAGUGGAUAUGGUUAUUUCUGGAGUGACUUUCCGAAGUGUUUAUGAAGAGAAAGGAAGUUAUUAAUUCCGAAUUUGAAUAUGUGAUCACUAUCAAAGUAAAUGUCAUUUUAAAUAUAGAUUAACGUAAAUUAAAUGAUCUCUAAUAGCAAAUAAUAGAUGUAAUUACUAAUUCCUGUGUUCAUUUAAUUAAAUAUUUCGACUUGAA